AUGAGGCCAACUCUGCUGAAAUUGGGGUGUACUUCCUGUUUGAUUAGCUCACUUCCAGAGAUGGGUGACACUUCACUAGCACAAGUAGACCUCACUAAUUUCCUUGAAAGAGUUAAGAAUCCAGCCCAAAAUUCUAUGAUGGAGAAAAUUGUAAGAAGUGGUCUAAUUGAGGCCGCUGCAUUUCCUAUUGUUGCACCAUGGCCGAAGCUAGUUUUAGAAUGUAUGAAUCGGUAUGAUGCAGAACAUAGGUGUAUUAGGGCCAUCAAUGGUGAGGUGCUAUUUAAAAUUGAUAGGGAGACCGUAAUGGCAGCCAUGGGAAUUCCUCAUAAGGAGCCAUAUGAAGAUGGGACCAUUGGUAGAUUGGUUCAUGAGCUGCAGGGUAACAUAAAUGGGAGAUUGUCAACAAAAGCAAUGGAAUUUGUAGGUAUCUAUGGUAGUUUCUUCAUCCAGUUUUCUCAGUUCACCUAUAUUAGAGUUGGCGGCUUUCAGGGUGAACCUUUCAGGUUACCUGCCUAUCAUCCCCAGACGGAUGGUCAAACUGAGAUGGUCAAUAAGACACUUGGAAACCUUUUAAGGUGCUUAACAAAAGAAUAUGGGCAGAAUUGGGAUCAGGUUCUUCACCAGGUAGAAUUUUCCUACAAUGAUAGUGUCAAUAGAAGUGGUCAAGCUGAUGAUGUUGCUCAAUCUUUGAAGGAAGUUCAUGACCAAGUCAGGCGAGUUCUUCAAGAUUCUUCACAAAAGGUUAAAACUAGAGUUGAUGCCACACGGAGAGAUGUGCAAUUUUCUGUUGGAGAUUUGGUGAUGGUACAUUUGAACAAGGCUCGACUAUAG